UUCCCAUAGUGCCUCGCAGUGGCGGGCAUGAUAACAAAUUCCGAAGAGUCGCACGCGGGUUCGAGUUUUCAUUGUUGGGAUUGUUCUGUUGUGCCAGGAGGCUCCACGAGAUUGGGGCUCGGUCACUGCCUUGACCGGCGGUGCGAUGGCGCUUCUCCGGAGCGUGUGGGGCGUGCUGAGUGCCCUGGGGAGGUCCGGAGCGGAGCUGUGCGCUGGCUGUGGAAGUCGCCUGCGCUCACCCUUCAGUUUUGUGUAUGUACCGAAAUGGUUUUCAUCCGCCUUGGCUAGUUAUCCAAAGAAACCUUUGACUUCAUACCUUCGAUUUUCUAAAGAACAGCUACCCAUAUAUAAAGCUCGGAACCCAGAUGCGAAAAAUAAAGAACUAAUUAAAAAAAUUGCUGAAGUAUGGAGGGAACUUCCUGAAUCAGAGAAAAAAAUAUAUGAAGAUGCUUACAGGGCAGACUGGCAGGCAUACAAAGAAGAGGUAAACAGAAUUCAGGAGCAACUAACUCCAAGUCAGAUGGUAUCUUUGGAAAAAGAAAUCAUUCAAAAACGUUUAAAAAAGAAAUCAUUAAUAAAAAAGAGAGAGUUAACAAUGCUUGGAAAACCGAAAAGACCUCGCUCAGCUUAUAACAUUUUUGUAUCUGAAAGCUUCCAAGAAGCUAAGGAUAGUUCAUCACAGGCAAAGCUGAAGAGCAUAAAUGAAAACUGGAAAAAUCUGUCUAAUUCUGAAAAGCAAGUAUAUAUUCAACUUGCUAAAGAUGAUAAAAUUCAUUAUGAUAAUGAAAUGAAAUCUUGGGAAGAACAAAUGAUUGAAGUUGGACGACCUGAUCUUAUACGUCGCCACAAAAAGCACCCACCAAAAGAUGGCACUGAGGAGUUUUAAAGUAGAAGAUUGAGUUGUGUUCGUGAUGGAUAGGCACAAGAAACCAAUUAGGCCUCAAUACUUGAAGCUGUUGUAAAAUUAGAAAGGAUAAAGUUGGUAAACAUUUUAUAUUCAAUUCUUUUUC